UGUUGAUCAAAAUAGAAAUCUCUCUCUCUCUUUCUCUCUCUCUCUCUCUCUCGAUUUUCGGUGUCUGAAUUGUUUGUGAGAGAGACGAAGAAGAUGUCGGCAUACAGCUGGAAGAGCUUCUACGAGGACGAAGAUCGGCCGGAGAAGCCACGGAGGUACGGCGUCACGGAGAUGAGAGGCCCUCACUACACCCUCCUUUCUCAAAACCUCCUUCAGGAUAUUUUUGAGUCUAUGGGACAUUUUGUUGAUGGUUUGAAGUUUGCUGGGGGCUCUCAUAGUUUGAUGCCGAAAACAUACAUCAAAGAAGUGACAGACAUGGCCCACAAACACAACAUUUAUGUCAGCACGGGCGAGUGGGCUGAACAUUUGCUUCAGAAAGGUCCAUCUUCUUUCAAAGAGUAUAUCAAGGAGUGCAAGCAACUGGGAUUUGACACGAUUGAGCUAAACGUGGGAUCCCUUGGAAUUCCUGAAGAAACACUCCUGAGAUUUAUCCGGUUGAUUAAGAGUGGUGGCCUGAAAGCCAAGCCUCAAUUUGCUGUGAAGUUUAACAAGUCUGAUAUUCCUGUGGCCAGGGAUAGAGCAUUUGGAGCUUAUGUGGUCCCAGUGCCACGAACAUCUGAAAUCGUUGAGGAUGUUGAUCUUUUGAUCAGAAGAGCGGAAAGAUGCUUAGAAGCCGGAGCAGACAUGAUAAUGAUUGACGCUGAUGAUGUCUGCAAAUAUGCUGAUUCUGUAAGGGCAGACAUCAUUGCAAAGGUUAUAGGGCGUCUUGGACUCGAGAAGACCAUGUUUGAAGCAUCAAAUGGGAAAACUUCCGAGUGGUUCAUUAACCAAUAUGGUCCCAAGGUGAACCUGUUUGUGGAUCACUCUCAAGUGAUGGAUCUGGAGUGCCUUCGAGGGCGCAACCUCGGUCAGGAUCACAGAUCUGUUCUUGGUUCUUCCUAUUUUCUUUUCUAACUGCAGAGAUGCCUAAUUUCGUAUCGAAUAUGGUAUUGCUUUCAAUCUGUCUGUUGUUUCUCAAGAUCAUGUGGAUUUCCCCUUACUGUCUGUGAAAAACAAUAGUGAGAGUAAAGUUCAAGUAGUAUGUUCAUGUAUUGUAUGUUGUUUGGAUAAGCUGCCAGGAUUAUAUCCUUCCGAUAUCUAGUCAAGCAAGGUCUGCUCUGAAAUACGUUAUAA